AUGUAUCUAAAAGGCAAAGUGAAGUUGACGAUAAGCCUGUUCAGCAUGGCUGCUGCGAUCUCAUCUUCAAACGCACAUGCGAUUUCAACAAUCACAUUCGUCGCAAACACGAAAAGCGACACGGCUGUACCUAUCCAAGAUGCUACAGCGCCUUCGGUCUGCGUGCAGAUCUGGAGCGACACCGUCAAAUUCACGAGUCACCACGCACCCGAAGUCGCUUUCGGUGCCCCGAGCCGGGCUGUAAGAAACUCUAUCCAAGGAAGGACAACAUGCUCAAGCACUUCAGCAAAAAGCAUACAUGACCAGUCGCACUCUAUCAAAGCUGUCGCCUCCGUUAUAAACGAUCGACUCUCGCGACUCAUGGGAUACUAUUGA